AAUUGUAGUGUUUAAUUUGUAAUUUUAAAAGUUCUGUGUGUUAUUUAAGAGAUACUUAUUAUAGUGAUUUAUAAAAAAUUAACAAAUACGUGUGGUCCCGGCAUAGAAAAGAUGGUCACGUUAUUGCUACUGCUGUUGCUGGUGGUCAUUGCUUACGGCCUGACGUAUGUUUAUCGCCGGCCUGCGCGCGCUUUGUUAGCCGGCCUGCCCACGUAUUCGCAGUUACCGUUCAUUGGCAAUAUGCACUGGUUUAUGGGAGGUGGUCGAUUACUGUACGAACGAUUCUCCGAAAUAUCUGAAGUAAUCGAGAAGACAAAAUUACCAUUCGUAAUAUGGAUUGGACCCUAUCCGGUUUUGGUUAUAAGUGAUCCCGAAGACGUCAUAAUAGUCACAAACUCAUUCGUGGAGAAACCUUACUUCUAUAACUUCGCUCAAAACUGGGUGGGAAACGGUCUUAUAACAGCUCCCGUGAAAGUAUGGAAACAAAACAUAAAGAUCUUGGGAAGUACAUUUAACACGAGUGUGGUGGGUAGCUACCAGAAUAUAUUCAAUGUGCAAGCGCGCAGAUGCGUGGAGAAAUUGAAGAAGGAAGUUGGCGGCGAGCCCUUCGACGUGCUGAAUAAAUACUUGACUUUAUUUACACUGGAGACUAUAUGCCAGACAGCACUAGGGGUACUGGAUAUAUCUGAGAGUAUUGUAACAAACGAAUACUGUGAUGCAUUCAAUCGCAUUGUGGAACUCUUGAACGGUCGUGGAUUUAAUAUAUUUAAGCAUCCAACUUUUUUGUACCAACUAACGACGGAUUACAGGGAACUUCAAAAAUGCAUCGCUGUUGUGCACAACGUUUCAGAAUUGGUGAUCACAAAAAGAAUGAGAGAACGUGAAAUGGAAAAAGAGAAUGCAAAGAAUGAAACCAGUGAUGGAAGACCUAUCAAGUCUUUUCUUGAUAUCCUUCUGGAUCAUAAUGAAGCAAAUUUAAGCUUUACAGAGAAGGAAAUUAAAUUUGAAGUGAACACCAUUAUUGUUGGUGGGCAAGAAGCAGUUUCAAUCACAUUGUUUUACAUUCUUUUAAUGAUAGGAUAUAAACCUCAUAUACAGAAGAAGUUGUAUGAUGAGAUGCAAGAAAUUUUUGGAGGAACCAAAAGGUCGGUUACUAAGGGGGAUUUAAGCCAGAUGAAGUACUGUGAAGCGGUUAUCUUGGAGACUUUAAGGAUGUAUCCCCCUGUACCUGUUAGCUUCCGUUACGCUGAUAAGGCCAUACAACUUAAGAGCUGCAGAGUCCCUGAAGGAGCAUCAUUUGGCAUUAACGCAUUAGGCGCAGGACGCUCGCGGCGAAUAUGGGGACCAGACGCCUUGGAGUAUCGACCAGAGAGGUGGCUGGGAGCCGAGAGACCUGGACACCCGGCUGCUUUUCUAGCUUUUAACUACGGAAGAAGGGCUUGCAUUGGUAAGAAGUAUGCAAUGGCCUUAAUGAAGACGUUCCUGGCGCACUGCGUACUCGAACUGGAGGUCCACUCGCGCGCAGACCAGCUACGACUGAAAAUGGACCUCGGCCUUAAGGCCGCCUCUGGACAUCUCAUUCAGGUCGGGCUCAGGACGUAACUGCAGUCGAACUUUCCUCAUUUUGUUAACAUAAUUCUCUAUGUAUUAUAUAUAUACAUUACUUGUGUUUAUAUAUAUAUAUUACUUGUGUUUUUUUUAUUAAAAAAAAAACAUUUUAAGUAGGAUUAAAUCUACAUUGGAAUGUAGCUACAAUUAGGCUUCUAGAUAAAUCAAAUAUGUUCAAAGUCACCGUCAGCGUGUCUGCAUUUCUGUUUACUAUUUCUGAACGAAAUUCCAACGAAUUUCGAUACAGUUUUAAUUGUAAUUAUUUUUUUUACGGAAAAUUAUACAUUAUGCAUGUGGUG